UGUGAUUUCGCGAUAAUCAUUUGUUUAUGUUUUGAAAAUAUAAAACGAGAAUUAUUUAAAAAUGGUAGGGGAAAUUGAAAUGGUUGUUAAAAUAAUAAAUGCGGUUAAAGCACGUGAAUGUUUAUGGAAUGUGUAUAAUGAUGACUAUUCAAAGCGUUGUAAACUUGAAAGAGCUUGGCAAGAUGUCUCAGACGAAGUCGGAAAAGCAGAACACUUUUGCAAAGAAAAGUGGCGUAAUGUUCGCACUGGAUUUAUACGCAGCUUACAAUCCAAUAGCAAUCAACGCGGAGUAGCUGAUGAGCAAAACAGCCUUAUUAUUGGACGAAAACGCUUUUAUUUAUAUGACCAAAUAAAAUUUCUACUUCCAUCACUUGAUGCACUUCAACAUACCAGAAAACGUAAAAAAUGUAGUAAUGAUGAUAAAGUUUAUGCUUAUGAGUUCUCUGAAGAUUCAGCGCAACCUGACGAUUAUGCUGCACUUGCUGAAUAUUAUGGACACGACAACAGUUCCAGCGAAAAAUUAUACAAAAACCCACCUUCGUUCGAAUACAUUCUCGAAGAACUGGAACAAACUCUUCCAACUAAAGAUAAUAACAAAAAAUUUAUAAAAAAGGAAGUCCAACAGCAAUCCCAAAGAGAAGAGAAAAAUAGCGAUAAUGUUGAUCUGUUCUUAUCGGAAGCCUGCAUUAACAUUAAUAAUAGUCCAACACAUGAGUAUUCAGAUUCCAAUGAAAACAAUAUUCAACACAGCCGUCCAAGCAUGGAAGAUUUAGAGUUGACAGGCAUAAAACGAGAAGAUCACGAACGUUCAGAAGCACAAUUAAUGCAUUUUUUUCGUGGCAGUGUUGAUGAUAUUCUCUCAUUAAGUAAAUCUAGUCAACGUUUGUUCAAACGUAAAAUGUUGGAACUGGUCAAUGAAUUGCACGAAGCUGAAGCUGUAGAGAGUAAUUAAAUAUUCAAUAAAGAUUAU